UAAGAACUAAGAAGAGCGCCUCGAGCGGCUUGCUUCCGCCUCUCCACAACCCGACGGGAAAUAUCUCGUCCCCCAUAAUACCGAAAACGCCCUCGCCGAACUGCCAAAGGCGGCUUGCCCCCAGGGAGAGUUGCGUAAAUUCGGCCCCCCCGUCGCGUGCCCCUAUAAAUUGACUUCAGCCCGAUCUCCUUGGUUCCCUUUCUCUCUAUCGUUCAGCCAGAAGAGGAGAAGUUCGUUCGCUCUCGCUUUCUUCUACCCGAUCGCGCGUCGAUUCCCGAGGGGGAGAUCUCCUUCCGAUGGCCUCCAACGCUGUCAAGAUUCGGAACGGCUCGGGCCGCGAUCUGGCGGGGUCCUCCUCCCGCGGCGGUGGCGGCGGCGGCGGCGGCGCCGGGGCCGUGGUCGGCGCCAGGAGGUCGGCGCUGGGCAGGACCCCGAGGUCCGGGGCGAUCGCUCCGGGCCGGUGGCGCAGCUGCUGGUCGACAACCGCCACAACUUCGCGCGGAGCGCCGCGCCGGCGCGGCUCAUGUACUACCGCGGCGGGUCGUGGCUGGACUUCCCGGGCCGGGUGGUGGACUCGCUCAGGCCGGGCUUCGAGGAGCGCAUGCCGGUGGUGGACGAGACCGUCGACGGGGCGAGGUACCUGUUCGAUUUCCUGAGGAUGCUGCAGAUUGAUUUCGAGACUGGAAACAGUCGGUCGAUCGCGUGGAUUGACGAGAACGGUAAGUGCUUCUUCCCGCGGAAUUUUAUCGGCGAACGGUUCGAGGAUGACUCCGCCGUCGGUGAGGGGGUAGGCGAGAAGUCCGCGAAAAGGAAGAGAGAGAAGAUUGAAGUGGUCGGAGGGGAAAAGGAGGAGCAGGAGGUGAGUUCGUCGGACAAGAGAGAAGACGUGUCGAAGCGACCUUGUUUAGCUGUAAAUAAUGUAGGGAGACCUAGUGCUAGGUGGCCGAAUGCGAGGUUGUUGGGUGAGGGAGAUACGGCCUACUCUCAGAUAAAAAAUUUCUUCUUGUCCGGCUUGAAGAAUGUGGAUCCCGAUGCUACCAUAACUGCGAUUCACCAGUGCACGAGGACGACACCUAUUGAGCGUGCAAGAUACGAGGUUUUCAUGAGGCAGGUAGAUAUCACAAGAACUGCGAGAGGUACGUCUAAUACUGUAUAUGCCUGGCAUGGGACGUCUGCGAAGGGUCUGUCAAUCAUAUUGGCGCAUGGAUUUGGAGUUCCUUUUGAGGUUCCUAAGCCUGAGAGUUAUGGAGUUGGUGUGCAUUUCUCUCCUGUGGGGUUGCCCCAACUGUGUGCUAUGGAUUCGGAGGCAGAUGAUAAUGGCGAAAAGCAUGUGGUGUUGUGCCGAGUUAUAUUGGGCAGUGCUGAGAAAGUGGACCUUGGGUCUAACCAGUCUCAUCCUUCUAAUGUUGAUUUUGACACCGGUGCGGAUGAUCCUAACAAUCCUAAACACUACGUGGUGUGGUUCAGCAGUGUGAAUACUCAUGUUCUUCCUGAGUGCGUUGUCAGCUUCAAGGCCUCUAACAAUGUUAAGUGUGUGAAGAAUUCAAUUUGUGAAUUGAUUUCGAAGAUGAAGAGUGCUCUCCCUCCUGCCAAAGUCCAGGAAGUGGAGAACUUGUAUAGUGUUUUUAGGGCAGGAAAAUUGGUCAAAGAUAGUUUUGUGAAGCAGUUCCGAUCAAUAACCGGUGAUGACGCACUGCUUUCUGCAAUUCGGGAGAUUCGUGGAUCCGGAUGAUGAUCGUUGGGAUUCUUUAUUUUGGAAGAAUUUGUUGCGAUUUGCUCGAUUGAUAGAAUAAUAGGAGUACAGGAUCAUACAUAAUACUCAGUCAACAGAGGGUUCCAGAGAAAGGAUUUUAACUGUGCAAGUGAGAGACUAUUGAUUUUUUUUUUUUUUACUCAUUUUCUUACCAUCUCAUCAAUAAAUUUGGAGAAGAUUUCAGAUGAAGAAACGUUAGCUUUUGUCUGUGAAUAUUAUGUCUUGAAACAUGUAAAGCUAAGGAUUACCAUAUUUGAAUGGCUUUGAAUGACUUCCUCAAAAAAGUCAUUAUUCUUAUUUUGGCCUUUCAAAUUGUCAUAUUCCUAAUUCGCUUGAGCUGAAUUUUUGUUUAAUUCGGCAGUUUAUUGGAGUUCUCUUUUGGAAAAGAUUUGCUUCCUCUUGUAUCCAAUCACUUUGUCAAUGGGGAUGUUGAUGACAGUUUGUAAUUCUUGUUUUUUGAAGGAAGGCUAAUAAAUAGAAUUAUUAUGA